GUGUAAUAUCCCAAAAUUUUCGGGUAUUUUUGCAUUAAAUUGGGGACUUAUUUGAGGGAAAAUAUUGUUUUGGGGCUUAAUCGCAAAAUUUUAAAAAGGUGAGGGGUUAAAUAGAAAAGAAAUUAGGAUAAGGAUCAAGGCUGAUAUUUCUCUCCUCAGCCAGGUGUUUUGCUCAUCCUUAUCUUCUUCUUCUCCCCGAUGCUCUGCACCCGAGAAGCCCCCCAACUACCGCCACCCAUUUUCUGGCCGGAAAUCCGGCAAAGCUUGGGGAUUUCUCCCUCUUUUCUUGUCUUAGAGCACCUGUUGAACCCAGAAAAUCCCAGAUCUGCGUCUUCCUCCCUCUGCUGUCCGUCGGCUUCAACUUGUGGGUUUGAAAUUUCUGGGCAUUUUUCGUUCCGUGAGCUUCCCCUGCAGAUUCCGCCGGCCUUCCCCAAUCUGCUAGGUCCGGUUCCUUGCUUGUAAAUUCUGGUAUGUGGUAGCUCUUUAAGCCUAAGUUUAGCCAUUUAUGUGCUGCCUCUGUUGUCCGUGAAUUGCUGGAAAAAUGGGGGAUAAUUCUGGUAGCUUUAGGAUGAAGUUUAAGCAUUGAUUCAAGUGGGAUUUAUGUGUAUUGAGUGUUAAUUGACUGUUGUGUGAUUUUUUGGAAAGAAAACCCUGUGAUUAGCUAGUGUUUUGGCUAAUGUUUGGAAGUGGCAGUACUGUUCACGUCGUGAGCACUGUUCACGGGUACUGUUCACUGAGUACUGUUCACACACCGAGGGUUAAUGAUUAACGGGGAUUUAAAGGUUUAGUUUGUGAUAUAAGAAUGAAAUUGGAGAUGUUCG